UGCGUCACAUGUUGAUGAGUGUUGCCAGUCAAUGCUAACGCGAAAGCUUGACAUAUUUUUACAAAGACAAGGGCAAAAACGGCAAGUUAUUGGCAUAAUCCCACAGCUGCCGUCGCCGCUGUGUACCCGUGCUUGAGAUGUAUUAACGUCCCCACGUAUUGUUAGAAUAAAACACGCGUGUCAAUGUUUUGUUUCCCCUGACAAGCUAAUGUAGCUAGUCUGUUUGCUAGCCCAGGAAGAGUUGACAUCUCACUGUUGGCUUCAUAUUAGCUAACACAGUCAACAGAGAAGAUAAGUUAAAGAGAGCUCCAGAUGCGGCUAAAGGACCCCUUCUCUUUGAAAGCCGCAGAUAUGACAAAGCGGACUAAUAAACCGAGAAAACCUCGUGAUGAGGAGUCAUCAGAUGAAGUCAGUGGACUCACUUGCCAGCAUGUGAGUAAAGCAGUGGAUCUGAGCUCAGUCAAGAAGUCAGUCCUCUCAAGUGUGUGGUUGGUGUGCUCUGAAUGCCUAAAAGAAAGGACAAUGAUCGAUGGAGAGCCAGCUGCAUCCCAUGACAUCCUAGUGUGCCUCAAGUGUGGUCUUCAGGCCUGUAACCAGUCAGGGAUCCAGCAUGCUGUCAAACACCACCAGGCCCUCCAUCCAGAGUCACACUGUAUCACCAUCAGCUUGAGUACCUGGAAAGCUUGGUGUUUUGAAUGCAACGAGGAGCUCUCUACUCACUGCAACAAGAAAGCUUUGGCUCAGACCCUGGACUUUCUACAAAAGCACUCUGUCAAGGCAACAUCAGGCGCAUCGCCCAAAAUCAUCAAGCUGCGGGAGGAACCAUCAGAUUAUACCGACCUGCCUAGAGGCAAGAGUCCAGCCAUCAACAGCACCUUGGUCCCUGUUAAGGGCAUCAAUAACCUUGGUAACACCUGCUUCUUCAACGCUGUUAUGCAGAACCUGUCCCAGACGCACAUGCUCAUUGACCUCAUCCAGGAAGUGAAGGAGAAAGGCUACAAAAUAAGGAUCUGCCCCCCUGCUGAGACCAGUCUGAAUCCCCUGACAGUGGUGCUGCCCAGUCCGGAGCCCCUGACCGCAGCCUUGUUCAUCUUCCUGCAGAGCAUGAAAGAGCCGGGCAAAGGCCCCGUCAAUCCUAAAGUCCUCUUCAACCAGCUCUGCCAAAAAGCUCCACGAUUCAAGGGCUACCAACAACAAGACAGUCAGGAGCUUCUGCACUACUUAUUGGAUUCCAUACGAGUGGAGGAAACUAAAAGGGUGAAAGCGGGAAUUCUGAAGGCUUUCAAUAACCCCACGGAGAAGACCGCAGACGAGGAUACCAAGCGUCAAGUCAAAGCAUACGGAAAGGAAGGUGUGAAGAUGAACUUUGUUGACCGCAUCUUUGUAGGCGAGCUUACCAACACAAUUAUGUGUGAAGAGUGUGAGCAUAUCUCCACAGUGAAGGAAGCCUUCAUAGACAUCUCAUUACCCAUCAUCGAGGAGAGGAUAUCAAAACCCUCAAACCCUGGUAGGCUGGGGAAGGGCAGCCGGGAGCAGGACACUCACACGGCUCACAGCGACCAGGUCCUCUCUGCAGCACACUCUGUCAACAGAAAUACCAGGAAGCUGAGCGGACAGAGGCAGCAGAGCAGGCGGUCCAGCGGUUCCGUGGAGGAGAAGGGAGCAGGUUGUGGUGCGGAGCGACCAGAGGACGACGGGGUGGCUGGAGGAUCAUCCCGCAGCGUCUCGGUUUGUAAGAUGGCGGCUGCCGGCAGCCAAUCGGACGGCAGCGAAAGAGACUCCGGUGCUCAGGACAGCAGUAACGACGCAGACAGUGAGGCCUCUGAGAGCGAGUGGACCCCGCGACCCUCCUCCUCCUCCUCCUUCAGCCACGGCCAUCACGCGUCCACCCCGUCGUCAACCUCCACCCUCACCCCGUCCCCCACGGCCCCGUCUGCCCCCUCUCCCUCAGCGUCAUCCUCCGCCAGACCAGGUGGCGCUGUGGAGCAGCUGGUUACCGCCGUUUCUCGAGUCAACCUGGGCUUCGGUGGUGGGGAGUGCGCCGCUCCCACUUACUGUUCUCCUGAAGAGCAGGGAGAAACGCAAACCCGGGACAAUCUCCACCAUCAACACCACCAGGGGGCCUUUCAGGUGCUGUCCCACAGCUACACUCCCAGCUCCAAGGAGUGCUCCAUCCAGUCCUGCCUCCACCAGUUCACCUCCGUGGAACUGCUGAUGGGCAACAACAAGCUGCUCUGUGAGAGCUGCACUGAGCGCCGGCAAAAGCAGCUGCGCAAGAGCAGCUCUGCAGAUAAAAAGUUGGAGAAGAUUUACACCAGCGCUAGGAAGCAGAUGCUGAUCUCCUCACUGCCGCCCGUCAUCACGUUACAUCUUAAACGCUUCCACCAGGCUGGGAUGAACCUACGGAAGGUGAACCGUCACGUUGACUUUCCUCUGGUCCUGGAUCUGGCUCCGUUUUGUUCUGCGUCCUGCAAGAACCUGGCAGCCGGUGAGCGCGUCCUCUACAGCCUAUAUGGGAUUGUUGAACACAGCGGCUCAAUGCGUGGAGGACACUACACUGCAUAUGUAAAAGUGCGCACUCCGCAGAGGAGAACAGAGCAGCACCACAAGAACCUAACAGGCGCGAGGGACGCCUGCAGCAGCUCCCAGGGCCAGUGGGUGUACAUCAGUGACACCACCGUUCAGACCGUGCCGGAGUCAAGGGUACUCAACUCUCAGGCAUACCUACUCUUCUACGAGGAAAUGCUGUGAUGAGACCAGUGAUAUUUUUUUUUUUCUCCCUCCCCGGAUACUUAUUUUGCUUUGUACUGGUUUUGGUACAGACUGUACAGCUCCUCGUUCUGCAUCUGUGAGGAAGACUCACUUAUGUUACUUAAAUUGGCACUUCUGAAUAUCAUGUAAACAGAUUUUAAUUUUUUAUUUUUUUUGGUUUAAGCCACAUUCUCAUUCAUGUUCCCUAAUUUAAAAAAAAAAAUAAAAAAUCCUCUCCUUUCAGAAGAGGUUAGCAGUUAACAUACGGUCUGGCUCGGGUUGCAGAGAAACGCCCGAGACAUAAACUGCAUGAUAGAGUUUGCUCCAAUGACUAGGAGGGAAACAAGCAGAAUUAUCGCAUGUUAAACUGCUGUCAGCACUGACCAGUUGAUGUCAGGUGUGCGUGUGUGUUUGAGAGUGUGUGUGUGUGUGUGUGUGUGUGAGUGAGAAAGAGACGGCCGAAUGUUGUGUGAAGGUGCUAUGUGCACUAUUUUCACAUCAGUAAACCACUGCUACGACAAAUCGGUUGGUAGCUGUAUAACUGAACACAUCGCCCAGGAUUGGAACGUUUCCUGCAGUGAAGAUGACGGACGUGAAGAAAUGAAAAAAAAGAAUUCAGACGUGUUUGUCCUCUGCACUGAAGUGGUUGAAACUCACCAUGAAGACACAAAGCUAAGAAGCGACGUUAUUUAGAGUUUAUGAAAAUGUUUGUGCAUUUUAGAAACUCAAGCUCUUAUAUUCUAUCUGUUAACUGCUCAGCCUUGGCCCUGUUCUGUGUAUAAUAAUACUGUAAUCAACUGCCACAGUAGCAAUGGUUUACCUCCACAUACUCAUUGAAACUGCGGCACAUAGCACCGCUAAGGAGUAGUUCUUUUACAGCCUACUUCCAACUGAUUGUUUUCCUAACGUCAGAAUGUGUGAAAGUCAGACAGAAUUCAGUGAAUUGCAUUUUAUUUUAUUUUUUUUGCCAAAGACGAAUUUCGCAGCCGCGAGUCCGAGCAGAGUUUACUUCAUUCAACCCGUGUUAUCUCAAGGUGAUCAGUAUAAACGUCGCACAAACAGACAUAACUCAGUGUUCGUCGAGUCGACACGCGGCACCGUGUCUGCCUUCAUUGUGUUUAGGCUCUACUGUAAGUGUGGGCGCGCACACAAACCCAUGGAGAUGUGGGGGAGAAAACAGAAACUAAUAACGAAGACGUCUUUGCUGUAACGUGCAUGGGUUAAUGUUGUAAUGAAUGUAUCGCUUAUUCCUGAAACGUCAAAUGAGCUGUUCAUCCUUUUUCUAUGAAAACAUUUUAGAUGACUAUUAAUGUUUUUCCUGCUUGUUGGACAUUUGCCAAAAAAAAAAGAAAGAAAAAAGGAACAGGUUUUCAACAUAUGCAUCAGAGUUUUUUUUGUUGUUGUUUUUUCCUAUGAAAACAAGGACAAAUUCAGUGCCUCUGCUUCAGGACUAAGAAACUUGUAUAUGAUGAUGGGUCACAUGCAACAAGGGACAUGCGUGGUUUAUUUAUGUACAGUAUAACUUACUGUAAAGCAAAAACAGUAUGGAGUUUAUGUAAUUGUACAUACACAUUUCAAACUUAUGGUGCUUUAGGCGUGCAGGGUUUUGCCUCAAGACGGACUUUUGUUCCCAGAAAUAUGACAUUUAGUUAUGCACUAAUGAACAUUUGGAAUGAGUACAAAAACAUACUGUAUCAAAAUAAAUAAUAAUUUAUCAACUGUG